AUGUUGCUUCGCACCCGGACAGUGGCCAUUGGGGUUGUUCGCGGUCUGUUGCGUCCACGGCCAAACAUAGCAUUCCGAGGGAUAUACAAGAAGGAAGGCGAUUUAGCGCGCAAGGACGACCUGCUCGUGUGCCAGCACAAAAUGAAUUAUCAUCCCGGCUUGAAUGUUUACUUGAAAAGGGAUGGACGCGGGCAGCUGCUGUUGAAGGCAAUGUCGGAUGGUCGAGUGAUGAUCACCCAGGAGAGGAUCAAUCCGGACCUGACAAUCCCUGAAAUGCUUGUGUACGAAGGUAUGGAUGAAGUGUACAAGCUGACGUUCAAUGUAAUUCCGCUAGAUAUGUCAAAGAAUUUUAGGCUGAUAAAUGAAAUCUGA